GGGCGCCAUGGCCCCCAAGCUGCUGAUUCUCCUCUGCCUGUUCUCCGGCUUGCACGCGCGAUCCAGAAAGAUGGAAGAGGAUGAAUAUGAAGAUUCUUCGUCAAACCAAAAGUGGGUUUUGGCUCCUAAAUCCCAAGACACGGAUGUGACUCUUAUUUUGAACAAGCUGCUAAGAGAAUAUGACAAGAAGCUGAGACCAGAUAUUGGCAUAAAGCCAACGGUGAUUGAUGUGGACAUUUACGUGAACAGCAUUGGGCCGGUGUCAUCCAUAAACAUGGAAUAUCAAAUUGACAUCUUUUUCGCUCAGACCUGGACUGACAGUCGUCUUCGGUUCAACAGCACGAUGAAAAUCCUUACCCUGAAUAGCAACAUGGUGGGCAUGAUAUGGAUCCCAGACACCAUCUUCCGUAAUUCCAAAACGGCAGAGGCCCACUGGAUCACCACACCCAAUCAGCUUCUUCGCAUUUGGAAUGACGGGAAAAUCCUCUACACCUUGCGGCUUACCAUCAACGCGGAGUGUCAGCUACAGCUGCACAACUUCCCUAUGGAUGAGCAUUCCUGCCCGCUGAUCUUCUCGAGCUAUGGCUAUCCCAAAGAAGAAAUGAUUUAUAGAUGGAGAAAAAAUUCAGUGGAGGCUGCGGAUCAGAAAUCAUGGCGGCUUUACCAGUUUGACUUCAUGGGCCUCCGAAACACCACAGAGAUUGUGACAACAUCAGCAGGUGAUUAUGUUGUCAUGACUAUCUAUUUUGAAUUGAGUAGAAGAAUGGGGUAUUUCACCAUUCAGACAUAUAUUCCCUGUAUCCUGACGGUGGUUCUAUCCUGGGUGUCAUUCUGGAUCAAAAAAGAUGCUACACCUGCCAGAACAGCAUUAGGCAUCACCACGGUGCUAACCAUGACCACUCUCAGCACCAUCGCCAGGAAGUCCCUCCCUCGAGUGUCCUACGUCACCGCCAUGGACCUCUUCGUGACCGUGUGUUUCCUGUUCGUCUUUGCUGCCCUGAUGGAGUACGCCACCCUGAAUUACUACUCGAGCUGUAGGAAACCUGUAGUCACGAAGAAGAAAACAUCGCUAUUACAUCCAGAUUCCUCAAGGUGGAUUCACGAGCGCAUAAGCCUCCAGACGCCCUCCAACUAUUCUCUCCUUGACAUGAGGCCACCGCCACCUGCGAUGAUCACUUUAAAUAAUUCCGUGUACUGGCAGGAAUUCGAAGACACCUGUGUUUAUGAGUGUCUGGAUGGCAAAGACUGCCAGAGUUUCUUCUGCUGCUAUGAAGAAUGUAAAUCGGGAUCUUGGAGGAAAGGGCGGAUUCACAUAGACAUCUCGGAGCUGGACUCCUACUCUCGCGUCUUUUUCCCCACGUCCUUCCUGCUCUUUAACCUGGUCUAUUGGGUUGGGUACCUGUAUCUUUAAGGCUUUCCCUUCGUGAUGAGUGAGGAGCACUUGAUUCAUAUUUUUCCCCUGCUGUCACCCGCUCCCUGCCCCCAGACUAGUAGUCACCAAUUAAUUGGGAGCAGCAAGGA